AUCCUGUAAAAAAAAAAAAAAACCUAACAACCUAACAAUUAAAAAAAAAUUCCUUAUGAUUGUUAAACUCUAUUGUUAAAUUGCUCUUAAAAUGUAUUUUAAUGCAAAGGGGAAAACAAAAAAUGCUGCCUCUUCUUUCAUUUGUCUUGAUUUUAUUUCAGUUUGUCAGUUUAGUCCAAGACAACAUUUGAUAGCAUUGAGGCAUUAGUCAAUUCUUUCCAAACAGUUUUUAAACAUGUUUUGACCUAUACAGUGGAGUAUUGCAAACAGCAGACUGAGAUAAUUGCUCAAUUGCAGUUGGAAACUGUAGAAAAAGUAAUUGACCUGAUUCAUUUAGUUGAAAGUAACAAUUCAUCUCUUUGUUUCAUUUCUGCUUACAUUCUUGCUAAAAAGCAUUACCAUAAUUCUGAAGAACCUUAAUGACUUGUGAUAUACCACAAGGCUCAAUCCUAGGCUCCAAAUACGUAUUUACAAAAUGUCUCAUAAAACAACUGCAGAAUAGGCAAACAAGUUACAUAAGUAAUGCAAUUGUAUAUGACUGUCAUUAAUUAGUCAAUUAUUCCGCUUCUUCCUCACAGUCAGACAGCAAGAAGGACAUGCUCGUAUUGGUCAUACUCAGAGUGGGAGCUCUGAAAACAGGAACUGUCUGGGCUAAAACUUACAAGACUGGAGGUUUUUGCCGCAGUUGGUGAGUUUUUACGCUGACAACAUGUGCACUGGGAAGUGCUCCCUCUUCAUUGCAAUUACACUGUACCCCCUGGUUCUUCUGUCUAUCAUCUGCAACAUUUUGCUGUUCUUCCCUGAAUGGACCACCAAGUAUGUCAAAGAAGGGCAAAUCACUGAGGAGGUGAAGUACAUGGGGGGAUUCAUCGGAGGGGGUGUCCUGGUGCUGAUCCCAGCAUUGUACAUUCACCUGACUGGAGAACAAGGCUGCUGUGGAAAUCGCUUUGGGAUGUUCUUUUCCAUCGUAUUUGCCGCCGUGGGUCUGGCAGGUGCCACUUACAGCUUCAUCGUGGCGCUGCUCGGCCUCUCUAACGGGCCUCUCUGCAAAGACAAAUCGGGGCAAUGGGAAACCCCUUUUAAAGAAAGCAACCUGAUCUACACGACAAAGUCGGAUACGUGGGCCCACUGCAAAGAGCCAAAAAACGUGGUCCAGUUCAACAUGGGUCUGUUCAUCACCCUGCUGGUGGCCAGCAUUCUGCAGGGGCUGCUCUGUGCCAGCCAGAUUAUCAAUGGCCUCAUCGGAUGCAUCUGUGGAACGUGCAACAACAAACAGGAAUAAGUCUGUGGACAGGAGGCCUCCAAGAAGCAUGUGGAGAUGACCAUCUUAUAAAUGUCUGGCUAAAAUAUAUACUUCUGCAGUGUAUUAAUGUAAAGAGAUAAGCAUUGCAACUACCCAUGCACUUAAAAUGUUAUGAUUUAAAAUAUUUUAAAAGGUUGUUCCUAAACAAUAUAUGGUUUUAGAGAUUUCUAAUAGAGGGACUGAUAACAAUGUGCACCUCAUGUUAAUGUUUUGGAUGUGCUUGUUAUUGAAGUUGCUGUCUUUUCCUUUGAAUCAGUGUGAAUAAAGUUUUAGGUGAAAUCUUAUAACAAAUGCCCAGAGAUAUCAGAUACAAGUUUACAAAAAUGGAAUGUUAAACGUGUGUUUGUAUUAACAAUGAACAAGAGUAAAACAUGGUCUCACAACA